GGUGUGUGUGUUGGUAUGUCUGUAGGUGGCUAGCUGAAAGUGAAAGCCGACGGGUUCGUUCGUCGCUGACAGACGGCAAAGACUCGAGGGCUGGUCAUUUCAGACUUCAGUGAGAAACACCUAAGUUUCAUAAUUAUUGGACUUUCAAUUUCAUAUACGUGAGUUGUUUUUUUUCCUUUUCUAUUAUUGUCAACCCCGCCACAUACACAGUGACGUCUGUACAAGAGAUUGCACAUUAUUGUUAUGGGUUUAAAAGAAAGGGGUGCUAGCAUGGGCGCCCGCAGAAAACUUUCUAGGGGGGGGGGCAAAAAAAAUAAAUUAACUUUCCAGGGGUGGGGGGGCAAAUUUUUUUUAGUAAUGUUUUAAUAUUGUUUUAAUUUACUGUAGCGUAUUUGUAAGGUGAACGAACGGACAGGACAUCAGCUUAGUUACUUUCUCUUUAUUUUCUCUUUAUUUUAAUAAAUUUUUUGUCUAUUUUUGUCUAAAAAUUUUUUAUCCAAUCAAUCCAGGGGGGGGGGGGGGCAAUUGCCCCCCCUGCCACUUCGUGCGGGCGCCCAUGGGUGCUAGGUUAAUCAAAAGUUGUUUUUUUGUUUGUUUGUUUUUUAAAGAAGUUACUUAUUAUAUCAGAAAGUGGCGUUUUUUCUCUCCUCAAUAAUGUAGAAACUCACGAAUUGUGACUUCACACGGUUUGCGGAAUACCUAAUUUCAGAUAUUGUGCAAACAUUUUUUAUAAAUUUUUUUAAAGGACAAUCCAAAUUCGACACAAUUUAGAGGUCCGUUGGCAACAUGUGUCGGUUGGUGAUAGGGCUGCCCCUCCCCUGCUUUACACAUUUGGUAUACUUUACUGAACUUUUUUUAGUCGGUAUACUUUACUCUCGUGGUAUACCGUACUCAGGUCAGGUGAUAUACCUUACACAGUUGGCCUUCUUUAACUAUGUUGGUAUUUUUUAUUCAGUUUGACUUCGUACAGAUCGACUCGAACAUCUGAACAGUGGUGAAAAAUGGCAGCCGAACGGUUGACACAGAAAGCACUGGAACAACACGACAAGGUUCAUCCCAAACUUCUGUCUAGCAAGGAGAGGGUAAGACCAUCUUAAAAACUGUGUCGUUAUUGUCCCCACAAAAUAGUUGUAAGAUGAAACAUUGUGGUCGAGCUUCCCGAACAUUUUAUGUUGGAGACACACAUGCAUCGAUAUCGCCACAUAACAAUAUAAUAAUUUAAUAAGAACCAGCUUCAAACCUAUCCGGGAUAGCAUUACCUCGGUGACAAAUAGGCCUACGUACGUACUUAAUACUUUUUUUUUAAAUGUCAGCUUUCAUUCAGGGGCGUUGGAGGGGGUGAUUCACCCCGAGCGGAACAUGAACUGUUUUUUCUUUGUAUUGUGAGGGCGGCAUUUUCAACCAGUUGCAGAGGGGGAGGGGUUCGUGGAAAGGCAAAGGAGAAAAUCUGGGACCAGGAGGGUGGCGCCACUGACAACAGCCGGGUGGCACUAAGCCAAGCUAAGGCCAGUAUAAUUAUUUUUGAAAUGAUUUUUAUCAAAUGUAAGAAAUAAAGGGACAUAAUUUAUGUUUAUAAAUUAAAACUGAUUAUAUUGAUUCAGUGUUUAUGCAUGCAUUCGGAGGUCUGCGCACCCACAGUCAAGUUCACAAUAUUUGAAUAAGGAUAUACAAGGAUUAAGGUGUUCGUAGUCGAUACCGACUGAUGAACUAUAAAUAUAUAUGCUUGCCAUAAGGUGGCAGGAUAAAGUCCCUCAUACAGAGGCAGAGGCGUAGCGAGAGUGUUUAGCGCCCGGGGACAAGAUUAGCGCCCGGGGACAAAAUUCAUUUUAAAGCGCCCUCUUUUCUUUUUUUAACUCUCAAACCCGUUAUUUUCAUAUUUAAAACAGUAACAAAGCACAUUUUAGCGCCCCUAAGUAGCUGGCGCCCGGUGACAUCAGUCCCCCCGGCCCCCUUCACUAUGCCUCUGUACAGAGGACGGUGAGGACCUACAAUGAGCUAAUUUUAUCAGCGUCCGAACGAUCCUACAAAGAGGACGAGCCAUAUGGGUAUGACAUGUUCAGUGAUUAUUUCAGAAAUUUUCCCCCGGGGGGGCACUUCAGAUAUUUUGGUGGGGGGGGGGGGGCAGUGGCAGUUGAUUUUUUGUUGGACAUAUUUUUGCUCCGGGGGGGCACUUGGGUUUCCCCGGGGGUAGUGCCCCCACCCUCUGGGAUAUAGCUGAAAGAAACCCUGGACAUGUUGUAAGAGUGCUAGACAGCAGACUUCCCAAACAACUAAUGUUCAAUGCACUCUCCAGGCGAAAACGCUCAGCUGGUUGGCAGAAGGGAAAAAAAAAACGUUUCAAGGUCUGUCUAAAAGCUUUUCUAAAAUCCAUGGACAUUGACCUUGAUUCAUGGGGAAACACUUGCUAUGGAUCGCGCAAGCUGGCGUGGCCGACUCACUAUUGGGACACAAUCCUCAGAAAAUAAGCGCACCGCUCACAUAGCCAAAGAAAGCGCGCUGCAAAGCAAAGCAGAAUCGGCUCAAAUCCAACUAGGACCAAAAAAAAAAUAUAUAUAUAUAACGUGUAUCACACGUGCACAAAGGCUUCCCAGACACAAAUAGGACUUGCAGGCCACCUGCGCACUCACACGUGGAACAUAGCCUUGGUCAUCAUUUUCACAUACAAUUGAGCAACAAUUUAUGUACUUUUUUCAUUCUCUUCUUGUGUCGAGAAUAUUUGUCAGGUUUCAUCCGUCCUUGUUAUGUACAUCAUUCCAUAACUCCGUGGUAGGACUAAAGGAGUGAGCGGAAAAAAAAAAGGGGGGGGGGGGCGAUCGCCCCAAACGACUUUUAGUUCAUUUUACUUUUGGGAUAUUAGUAAAGGAAAUAAUUUUGUUCAAUACUAUAUGUAUAAUAAUGAUUAUUCAUCUUUUUUUUCCCUCUAGCCUUUCUGACAUUGAAAGUUCAACGUUAAAAUAAAAUAGCGUGAAUUGUAAUAAUCCCAUUAGGGUACUUUAUUCAAAUGUUUAUUUUCAAUACAAACGUACGUUUAAAAAAAAAAAAAAGAUAUUUAAUUAAUAACUCCCAGGAGUGGAGUACGUACGCCCUUGAUUAACGAAAACCAUAAUGUACACAGAAAAACACAUAAAAAUAAGAUAUGUAAAGUAUAUAAUAUUAAGGGGAAGGAAAUGCACCCCCACAAAAAAAAAAGAGUUACCGUCCUUUACCUAUGCCCAUCACACUCAUCAAUUAUUUACUGAUUGGGAUAACGCUAUUUAUCAUUAAAUUAGGUUUAUCCAUUAUUGUAACCAUUGUUUUACAAUACAAUUUUGGAUCGAUUUAUAAGUGAUAUUUUCUAACCUUUUGAAGAUAUUCUUUUAAAAUUAAACACGAAUUAAAGUGCAUUAGUUUCGGAAAAUAUAAUAAUUUUUGCUUUGUUGUGACGCCUUGAGCAAAAAACAACACAAAAAAAGUUGGUUGGAGCGGGGCGCAAAAACCAUAAGUCACGAGAUCGCUCUGGCCAUGAGUAAGAUUCUAAGAUCCGGAGUCAGGAAAUGUCACGGUGUCAAGAUCAGAAGUGGAUAGGACUUCCUCUAAACUCGGUCUUUUUAUUCAUAUCCUUUACACAAUUCUUUUCAGACGCACUCCUGCAGCAGAGACGAGCUGAGCAACAGCCUCAAGGGAAGGUCGAGAAUUUUCAGCAGGACGGAUUCGAUGAGGUCCAUCCCAAACCUUGACGGGACAGCCAGCUCCGUGGACAGGCAGAAUUCGUCCAGGCACUCAUUGAUGACACCGCGCCCGAGGGCGGGGCUGUCCGUGUUCAGGAUAGUCGCGGCCGCCAGGGCCUGGAAGAGGAUGUCGCAGCGAAAACCGGAAAUUCCGGUAAAGCCGGAAAUCACAAUGGAGAAUACGUUCAGGUUAGGUCCUCACCCCGAGGAGACGUUCAAGUCGGAGAAAGUUCAGGUCGUCCUCGGAGAUGUUCUGGGGCGGUACCUAAGGCAUUUCAAGUAUACCCCUGACGACUCCAAGCAAAUGUGCCUCGCGAUAUCAUCGGAGAUCAAGUCCAGGGUGAAAGGUUUGGGAUUCCCUCGGUACAAGAUUGUAUCUCAAGUUAUCAUCUUCCAAAACAAAGGUCAAGGGUCAGAGGUAUGCAGCAGGUGUAUCUGGAGCCAGGGAACUGAUUCUUUUGCGUCUGACACUUUCAAGAACGGACAGUUCGUAUGUGUGGCAAAUGUCCACGCGGUGUAUUGUGAAUAG